AUGGCAGCUAAAAUACCAGCAUCAUUGAAGCCGAUUGCUCAUUACAUUAAAAUCGCCAAUGAGAAUUCUAACCGUGAUCCUGUUGUGUACUACUGGCCUCUUCUAUGCAGCACAAAAUGCUAUUUCACCGGAAGCGCUACAUUUUCUUACUGGGUUGCUAGGUUUAUUACGCAAGAGUUUUCACAUUUGGAGAAUUAUGCACUUAAACUGUUCAAUUUCGCUGACACUAAGGAGAAGGCAGGUCAAGUCGAUAAGAGUGUGGUGCAUGCGUUCUACACUGCUGGACAUGUCAUGGAUGUACUUUCUUUAUUCGGAGAAGUGGGUUACCCUUCAGUGAAAUACGCUAAGUGGAAGAGCACGCAAAUCUUUUCCUGUCUCAAGGAUGGAAAGCCGUACGUAGCAAGUAGCCAGCAAUCUGAAGUUAUACAUGGCGAUGGUGGUCAGUUACUGCCUCCUAGUAGAAAUCAACCACCGGUAGCCACAUCAAACUACGACUUUGGUGGACUACCAGGAGUUCCAGGUUCGACACCGGGAAUGUGUUUCGUUCGGAUUAAAACUUUUAAACUCCUUGAUGAGAGAAAACCGUCGGUUGAGGCAUUUAAUGAAGCACGUAAAUUUACAAAAUAUGCUCUCAGUGCCAUGGACUAUGAAGAUACUCGUGCAGUGGUUGACAAUCUUCGUAAAGCACUUGGCCUCAUGGAGCGUUACUGA